CCUAAAGGUGAAGCUGCUGAAGCUUCCGGAAGCGAAGGUCCCCUAGGUGGUAAGAAACAGCCCGAACCCGUUUCACCUGGUGUUGCAGCAGAUGAAGAUUUCUUCAGUCUCCCUCAAGAUUCAGGAACUCCAGAGGCCUCACCAGGUCAAGCAGUUACCCCAUCUGGACCUAAAAUGGCUAAAGCUAAACCAGUAAGAAUAAGGAAGAGUGGCAAGGCCGUGAAGACGCCACCACCGAAAAAGACUGCGAAAAAACCACCAAGGAGCAAAAAAAGCAAGCCGAAAACGAGAGCUGCCAUGAGCAAGACACCGAAAAAGCCUGCAAAACCGAGAAAAUCACCUUCGACCAAGAGAAGGAAAAAAUGA